GAGUUUGAACUGUCCGGCGGCGGCAAAGCAUUGUGGGUCAGUGCAGCGACCGACGCCAUGACUGUAGCCGGAGCAGAAAAUGGAGGCUUCCUGCUAGUUGAAUGAGCAGCUGUUGUUGCGCAGCAUUUUCCGUCCCGGCAGUUCUUCAUAAAGGACACACACACACCUGAAGGAGAUACUACCCGGACCAAAGGCUGCACCUUAAGGUAUGGCCUGGGUUUGAUUUGGACCGUGCUGGUGAUGGCAGAAGGGACUGACACUGGCGAAAUGCCCUCCUUUGACCCAAGUCCUAGUUCUGAAGCAAAAAAGAGACCUACUUCUUCUGAUGGCAGAGACGAGCCCAUGAGGAAAAUGCCCGUGUCAAAGUUUGGUUCCAGACCUCGAUUUGAGCCUGUACACUUUGUUAGUGGUGGAAGCAGCGGAGGAACUGGCGCUGAUGAGAAGGAGAACGAUAAGGAGCGCAGGAGGAGUGAGCCGUACGGUGUGAGACAAUGGGACUCUGAACACUCUUCCUACAGCAGCACCAGCAGAGCGCAAGGCUCUUCCUCUUUGAGGCCUGAUUUUGAUCGAGUGCCAUCGUACAGUUCUGACUCUUGGGGUUCCCAUAGAGAUAGAGACAGAGAGAGAGACAGAGAGAUUUCUUCUGGUGGUACAAGUGGGUUAGGUUAUGGAGGUCGUGGGUCGACUGCAAACUUCAUGGCAAAAACACAGCAGGACUACACAGCCAAGUAUGAAGCCCACACCUCUCGAAACUCAGAUUCCUAUUCUCAGUCCAACAGGUACAAUGGAUACGGGGGAGGGAACAGAUCAGGAGGCUGGGAUUCAGGACGUCAGGGUUUGGGGUACAGUCAUCUGGAAAGGCAGUCAACAAGCAGACCGUUCAGCAGAGUCUACAACAGCCCGGGCAGGAGCAGUCCCGCCACUUCUCAGUCAGGGUCUUCAUCGCAGCCUCUUCCUAUAUCUCAGUCAACAUUAGAUGAGAAACAGAGGCUGAUCGCCAAUGUAGCGUCUGCGUUGGCUGUCGCUUUUAGGGACCCGAUGUUCAUGACUGGAAGUGAGUCUCCGAACUACAAUUUCAUGUUGAGCCGCAGCAUCCAGGCCUGCAAGACCAAUCCUGAAUAUAUUUAUGUCAACCUGAAGGAUAUUCCUCAGGCUGACCUACCCAAGAACAGGAAAGUACCGACAGAUGGUUAUGCCUGUGAACUGAGAUGCCAGGGUGUUUAUCUCGCUACCGGAUACUCUGGCAGUAAAAAUGGAGCGAGGGACCGUGCCUCUGAGCAGGCUGUAAAACUCUUCCUGAAACCAGUCGAGGUUCGUGUUGUGCAGCGCAAAUACAGACACUCAAUAGUCAAUGACAUGGUUGUGUGCCAGAUGCACAGCCCCACGCCGGCCUUUUUACCUGCACUUCGCAACCCAGAGGAUAAACCGACUCCCAGCUCUAAAGGCCAAUACGAGCCUGACAAACGGAAGCACUGGACAGAGUUUGUGGUUAUGGACAACGCUCAUGAUGCCAUCUGCAUCCUUAACAAUUCUGCUGCAUUUAAUCGCAUGAAGAUAGACUAUAAGUUCGACCUGCUCCCAAACAACAGUGCUUGGCUGUGCAGAGUCUUCCUGCAGGACGAGCUCGUAGCACAGGCAACCGGCACUAAAAAGAGCUCAAAGCAUGCAGCUGCAGAAGAGGCAGUAAGGAAACUCCGUAUGAACCAGGCAGCACGACUGCAGCAGCAGCAACAGCAACAACAACAACAACAACUACAGCAGCAGCAACAGCAGCAAUCGCAAUACUCCAGAGGAAAUAAUCAGUCAGAUUCUGGUGGCCGCUUUGGGCCACCGGGUGGAAAAAAGAAGCAUCUUAGUGAGUUGGUUAUCCUGGAAAAUUCUGACAAUGCUAUCUGUAUCAUUAAUGACACCGCUCAGUUUAAUAAAGUGACUGCUGAUUACAAGUUCACGGUUCUGCCGGAUCAUCGCUGGAGGUGUGAAGUUUACUUGGAAGGACAGUACGUUGCAGCAGGAAUUGGACCCAAAAAAAUAGUGAAGCACAUUGCAGCAGAGGAGGCUUUAGCCACCUUGAGACAGACGCAGGCUGUGGUGAAAUCCAACCUAAGGAAGGAAGGUCACAACGACGCCAUAUCCCGUUCCCAGAUCCUGGCUCGCUCAGGGGAGGAGGCCACAAGGCAGGAGAUAAAAGAAGACAACAUCGGAAACCAGCUGCUCCGUAAGAUGGGCUGGAAGGGCGGCGGUCUGGGCCGAGACGGGGAAGGCAUCGCGGAACCGAUCAGGGUCAAGGAGCAGUUCUCCAGAGAAGGGUUGGGUAUGGAUACAGAUAAAACUGGGAAUCAGCUCAGUAAGCGUGACAUAGAGGACAUCAUUCGUAACUAUGCCAGCUCAGACCGUCAGGAUGAUCUCCGCUUCUCCACCGACCUCACCAACGAUGAACGCAAGCAGAUCCACCAGAUUUCUCAGAAAUACGGCCUACGAAGCAAGUCGUACGGACAGGGAAGGCAACGCUUCCUCGUUGUCAGUCGCAAAGUACACAAAGACCAGCUCAUUGGUCAGCUUUUACAGGAAGGACAGGUGGGACGAUACGAGCUAGUGAAACCUCAGGCGUCUCACUAAUUUGCAUGCAGAGCCAAAACAAGAAAAGGAAAAAAAAAAAGUCACUGGCUCGGACUUGAGAACAAAUCACACUCAAGUGUAACUGCUGUGUUUAUACUUGUGUGUGACAAAUUUACAACACAUGAAUAAAUUUGAAUCUUUCAGGUAACACCUGUGGUUUCUGCAUUCCUUUGCCAUGAAAUGUACUUAAGCUUUAAGUAAUUUGUCUGUUUUGUCUCCUGCCAUUCCACAUAUCUUAUAUUUGUUUCACUUUUGCACAACAAGCUUGUGUUCACUGCUUUGUGGUAUCAUGUCCUGAUGACGCUCCAGUUAUGAGUCAAAAAAACUCAACAACUUUUCACAAGUUUUUGUUACCAAAAUCCACUUUUUUUUUUUUUUUGUUUAGUGGUUACUCAAGGAAACCUGGCAGAAUAUGCAGCUUUUCACUGCUUGUUUCAUUCAUUUGUAGACAGUUGAUUCAUGAAAGACGAGGAUUAGAGAGGCAUUAGCAUCCAACAGUAACUAGGUGCUCAUUACCAGUCUCACUGUAGUGAUACAUCUCUUUUCAGCAAUACCUGCAAUGUCGUUUGCUCUUUUAACACCUGGAGAUUAUUCUACAAGUUGCAUCCAUGGUUAGAAAAACAGUCACAUGGAAACUGUAAGCUGUGACCUUUGUGAAAUGUCAGAUGUGUUGGUUCAUGUGAGUACAGUUAACUUGUCUGCUUGUUUUCACAGCUGUAAUAACUGAAUAAAUUAAAACUGACAACCAUCUA